CUCCCCCUGCAGCCUGCCCCGGCGAGGUGUGGGGCGGAGAGCGGCGCUGCUUGGGCGCUGCACGCGGGAGGCCGGCGCCGGCCCAGCCCGGACAGGAGCUCUCGCCUGACCCCGGCGCCGCAGCCGUCGCGCCGCCGCUCCCGGCUCGUCCCGCGCAGACAUGCACCGGCGGCGGCCCGGCGCCCCCCGGGGCCUCGCCCCCGCGUCCCGGCUCUGAGCGCCGCCGCCCCCAUGAACACGUCCGGGCGCCUGGCUUCCCCGCGCUGAGCCGCCGCCGCCUCCCGCCAUGCGCUGGGCCUGGGCCGCCGUCGGCCUCCUCUGGCCGCUCCUCGGGGCCGUCGGGGCGCGGCGGGAGCCCAAGCGGCCGCGCCAGCCGCCGGGCCAGCGCACCGAGCCCUUCAACUCCACAGUGGCUGGAAAUAGCGAGGGGCUGCCCGGCUCCCCCAAGCCCCCUGAGGCCCCAGGGCCUGAGUUCUCAGAUGCCCACAAGACAUGGCUCAACUUCAUCCGGCGGCCAGAUGAUGGGGUCUUGAAGAAAAGAUGCCGAAAUCGGGACAAGAAGUUGCAAGGCCUCUCAGGCCCCCCAGGUCCUCCUGGGCCCCCUGGUCCCCCAGGGCCCCCUGGUGCUAAGGUGACACAGGAGGCCCUGCUGCAGGAGUUUCAGGAGAUGCUGAAAGAGGCCACUGAACGCCGGUUCUCCGGGCUGCUGGGCCCGUGGCUGCCUGAGGUGCCAGCCGGACGGCUGGUGCUGGAGGCAUUCCACUGCCGGCUCAAGGGGCCACUGCAGGUGGACAAGAAGACGCUGGUAGAGCUGCAUGGCUUCCAGGCCCCCACAACCCAGGGUGCCUUCCUGCGGGGGUCUGGCCUGAGCCUGGCCUCAGGCCGGUUCACGGCGCCGGUGACUGCCAUUUUCCAGUUCUCUGCCAGCCUUCACUUGGCCCAAAGCUGUCCCCAUAGACCCCCGGGAGCUGCAAGGCAGGGCGAGGCCACGGGCCCGGGACACUGUGCGGGCAUUCAUCUGCAUCGAGUCUCUGUGCCAUCGGCACACGUCCUUGGAGGCUGUCUUGGGCCUGGAGAGCAGCAGCAGGGUUUUCACCGUACAGGUGCAGGGGCUGCUGCAGCUGCAGGCUGGACAGUACGCCUCUGUGUUUGUGGACAACGGCUCUGGUGUGGCCCUCACUGUCCAGAGUGGCUCCAGUUUCUCCGGCCUGCUCCUGGGAGUGUGACAUGAGGACCCUCCCUACGCCCACCCCUAGGGCCUGCUGAGCUGCUCCCCACCCUUGAGCACACCCCCAUAGCCCCCUUAAAUCCUGUCAUGGCAAUAAAGAGUCCUAGCCCUU